UCUUUAAUCAUAAGGGCGUUGCACGAGCCAUAUAAGACCUAAACAAAACUCGAAUAUAAAGCUUUUCCCAUGAUGUACUCAUGGCUGCUUGUUAAGCACUGUAAUGCACGUGCAACGUAGUCCAGUAGGGGGGUAUGACGAAAAACGUUAUUUAUGUCUUUAUAGCAUUGGCUCCUUAAACAGACGUUUGGCACGAGACGCAUGAAACAACAGAGACGUUGCAACGGUCAAGCAUUACGAUGCUCACGUGUUGACCAUUCGAUGACUCAACAGGAGUCCUUUUACACAAUUUCUGACAUUAUUUAUUUCCUUUAUCUACCAUGAUUCAUACACGCCGUGACAGAUUCCCCUUGUUUUAACAUUGUUUUCAGCCUAAGGUGAUACUGAAUACACUGGUCGAAAGCAUGUGACGUCGGUCUCCACCGUUCACUGCUAAGAUGGCUUGCAGUCAUAAUACGGUCACAUGGUGGGCCGAAUUUAAUCGCCGCUGCAUCCAGUUAUAACCACGUCUUUAUUAUUGAAUACAGUGAUGGUAUACAAUUCUUACUUUAGAAAAAUAACCGACACUCGUCCGAAUCUUCUAGACAACGAUUGCGUGACAUUGGUCAGGGAGUGUCAUCCAGACGGCGGUUCAACACCUGAUGGUAUUUCGACCCCCACGUCAGUCAGUGAUCUCUAGGAAAAUCAGACGGUCAAAUGACAGCAGUGAAAAAAUUUGUACCGCUAAAUGGGAUAAAUACUAAACCGCGGAGAUCUUAUCAUAUGCAGGAGUAUAUCCUCUCCAAACUCUGGAUCAAACUGCUGUUCUGCCGAAGGCAUGUUGCGAAUGAGACGAUGGAUACGACGGAAUGCACAUAUCUUCUGUUUAAUUUCCAUCUGUACUUUAAUUGUUGUUUAUCAACUGAACUACGAACGAGGGGAGCGGAUAUUUUGCUGUCUGUAAAGAAGGAUCCAAAAUACCCGAGCAUUCAAAAAUCGACCACCUAAGACUGAAGCGGUCUUUAACCAAGGAAUAUUAUAAGAGAUACACGCUCCAUGGGAGAGUGUUUAAAACAGGCGAGAAAUUCAUUGACGUAACGACAAACAUAACAACCUCAGUUGUCCAUAAAUUUAGCAGCGAAGAAGUGGAAUCCUUCUUCGAUACCGAACUGGUGGAUAAGUUCUUUGUAAUGUCACCAGGUAUGUCGUCUGCGAACGGCCACAGUAUCGACCUCGUAUACAGAGUAUGGGUAAAGACUAAAGACAACAAACUAGCCCAAAUGCAAAGUGUUCUUAACAAAAACUACCUUGUUCACCAAAGGCUGCACACAAAUUACACGCCGAAAACCAACCCGAGAAUACUUGGCAUCCCAGCACCAAUAAUACAGACAUAUGGAGGACCACAAGAUCCGAGAGUGUAUCACUACGCAGGUAGUCCUUGGGUGAUUUUUAAUAAAUUUUUACCCACUAACAGAACCUGCGAGCACAAGAUCACCAAUGUCGCCUUGUACACAUAUAAUCUGGACACACAUCAGAUUCGCCGAAUUCGAGCGAUGAACGGCGAGUUUCGCUGCAGAGAGAAAAACUGGUCACCUUUGAUCAAGGACGACAAACUGUUCUUUAUUUACUCCCUUGAACCCACGGUGCUUCUCCACUGUAAAACCAACGGGGAAUGUAUGUUUCGGCAAACGUCAAAUAGCAUUUCUAAGGUAAAUGCGGGCCAUCAAGUACUUCCUUUGAUUAGAGGUUCUACUCAAUUUGUCCCUUAUAAGUGGCCAUACUAUGUCGCCAUCGUGCACGCAAAGUGGACCAAGACCAAUGUCUCUCCGAAAUCGCCUUUGAAGUACACCAACCAUAUGUUGCUGUUUAACGCCGAGUCUUACGAGAUCACGUUUAUGAGCAAGGACAUCCAACUGAGAGACGACUUCCUACGGAGCUCGGUUCCCGUGUAUCGCCACAUUUACUACCCGUUCCUCUAUCCCGUCUCUCUUCUGGUUCGCGACCCGGACACGCUGCACGUGGGCUUGCAUCAUAACGACAGGGACAGCGUUGUCAUGGAGAUAUCCGGCGUGGAAGAGGUUCUCAACACGGUAAUACGGCUAGCUGAUGAGAGGGGUCGUCCCGCUCCUCGAGCCGCCAGGAAAUAUCUAGCGGCCAUGAAUCCUUUCAUGUAGACUAUGUACCGGUAUAUCUGGUAGCAAAUGUUAUAUGCCUGUAGUUUCUGUCAGUUUUUUUUAUGUUUGAUUGUAGUUACUUGUUCCCUUGUGCUUGGGUUUAAAAUUUAAAGUUCAUUUUCCCAGGAUAGUUGCUCUGUUUAUGCAUAAACUAGUGACAAUCAUGUUAAAUGAACCCUCAGUUAAUCUCACAUAUUUUACGUUGCUAACUGAUUUAGGUGUUUGAAGGCAUGUACUAUAUAUUACAUUUUUUUGUUGCAGAAAAAGAAACGUCCCCAAAUUUCUCAUUAUGGCAAAAGCGUCAGUCCCUAUGACAUUACGAAAAUGUCUAAAAACUAGAAACUUAGAACUCUAAAACGGGUUGUUGAGUCUUACACCCCAUUUCCAUAGAUUUUUAGAUCGAUCUAUCCCUGUGGGGAGUCUCACAAGA